AUCAGAACCGGACCGGGACUAGGACCGGACAGGGACGGGACCAGGACCGGACCAGAACCAAACCGGGACCAGGACCGGACCGGGACCGGACAGGCACGGGACGAGGACCGGACGAGGACUGGAUCAAAACCGGACCGGGACUGGGACCAGGACCGGACCAGGACUAGAUCGGGACCGGACCAGUACCGGAGCAGUACCUGACCAGGACCGGACCAGAACAGGACCGGGACCGGACCAGGACCAGCACUAGGACGGGACCGGGACCGGACCAGGACUGGAUCAGAACCGGACCAGAAGCGGAGCAGUACCUGACCAGGACCAGGACCAGACCAGGCCCAGGAAGUCCGCUGCCGAAUCGUACAUUCCCAGCGCUCAGUAGAGCGCUCUGCACAUAUUCCCUGGGUGCCCUGCCUGCAUCUGCCAAGUCCUUGUAUCCAUCAAGCCGAAACUACAAAAGAGGACUGGUAAUAGGACUUAAGUGCUGAGAAUAAAAUACCCAGCCACCAUGAAGGACCGCCUGACUGAGCUGGUGGAGCUGUCUCGCCAGUACGACCAACAGUACCCUGACUCUGGGGACAACCCCGACUCAGCCCGAGAGGACAUCGUGUUCGAGACAGAUCACCUCUUGGAAUCUAUGUACAGAGACAUCCAGGCCAUUCAGAGUGAGAACCACUUGCUCAUGGUGGACGUCCGGCGGCUGGGCAAGCAGAACGCCCGCUUCCUCACCUCCAUGCGGCGCCUCAGCAGCAUCAAGCGGGACACCAAUUCCAUCGCCAAGGACAUCAAGGUGAGGGGAGAGGGCAUCCACAGGAAGCUGCAGAACAUGAAAACUUUUAUCGCAGCAGCAACCGAGAAGCACGGAGAGAAUUCCGCCAUGGCCCGGAUCUCCAAGGCCCACUACAACGUCCUCACCCGGGCCUUCCAGGAAGUCAUGUAUGAGUAUAAUGAGGCGGAGAUGAACCAGAGGGACAACUGCAAGAUCCGGAUUCAGCGACAGCUGGAGAUCAUGGGGAAGGAUGUCUCCGGGGACCAGAUUGAAGACAUGUUUGAGCAAGGCAAGUGGGACGUCUUCUCGGAGAACCUCCUGGCGGACGUGAAGGGAGCCCGUUCAGCCCUGAAUGAGAUCGAGUCGCGGCACAAGGAGCUGCUGAAGUUGGAGAGCCGCAUCCGGGAGGUACACGACCUCUUCCUGCAGAUGGCCAUCCUGGUGGAGGAGCAGGCCGACACGCUGGAUGUUGUCGAGCUCAACUUGGAGAAGACCCUGGACUAUGUGGGAGAGGCGAAAGCUCAGGUGAAGAGAGCAGUGGAGUACAAGAAGAAGAAUCCCUGCCGGACGAUUUGCUGUUUCUGCUGUCCCUGCGUCAAUUAACAGGGAGGUGCUUCUCCCUCUGUGGUUGCCAUUACAGACUGAUCACCUUGAACACAGUUAAGGAACAAAACUCGGAGAGAUGGGUUGUUCUUAUAUAAGUGGAAUCGAGGCAUCCUAUCCCUUCCGGCAAGUGUUGUUGCCAGGUAUUUUCUCAAAUCAAAAAAAUUCCUAAUGAGUUCAGAGAUGACAAGGGUCAAGGGUCAUAUGUUUAUGAUAUACACCACACUCUUGCCUACUUCACUGUUAAGAGACUAGAUAAGGGAAUGACCUCUUCAUCCCUGGAAAAUGAAGGCUAAUCCCACGACCCCAAUGAGCCCUCAAUUUGAGGGCUGUUGAGAUGAUGUCCUCAGAGUGAUUUGGCUUCACUGCUCACAUUGAACUGAGAAUUGAAACUACAUGUCCGAACAAGCCUGGAAGCCUCCUGAACUCUUGAGCCAGAAUCUGAGAGGGAAAAAAAAAUUGCCUUAAAGUGACCUUAUCCUCCCUCUCUCCCUGCCUGCGAGGCAGGCUUUCCUCAGGUUUUUCCCUUGAUUGCGACUUUCUCUCCUUAUCAUCUUUAUUACCAGAUCAAACACUCAUUAUAAGUGGAUCCUUUUCUCUUUUACUUUUAUUGUGUUCCAACAGAGCAUUGCAGACAUUUUUGGGACACUUUCCAGAUAUUUUUAAAGCACUGAGGACUGAAUAGGUGCAUGUUCUUGAGAGAUUAGGGCACCUAUUAAUCAUUUGUUAGCAUGUUCAAAAUAAUUUAAAGUUCACGUGGUAACGUCUAUUUUAUGUGUGAACGCUGAAUGUAUUUGUAUGUACAAGUGUGGAAGAAUUAAUACUAACUACUGUUUUGUAUGCAAAGACCAAGUUGAUUCUCUUUCUCUACACUUGCAACUGGAACUGGAAGGAUAGAACCAGUGUUUUAAGAAAAUCAAUAACUUUAGUUCUUAAACCCUUGUGGAUUAUUUGUUUUCCCCAGGAGGAUGAGUUCUUUCAUCCUCAAGGAUCUUAAUGGACAUUUAUUAAGCACAUACUUUGUUCCUGGUGUAGAAUACAUAUUUCUUCGCCUAGACUGUAAUUUAUUAAUACUGUUUCAAUUAAAAGAGGCAGUUCUCUCCUCCCCCAA